GUGAAAAUAGGAAAGGAAAGAAAAGAAAAGCAAGAAGAAAAUCGAGAAUUCUAAUUUUAGACCACCUAACACCAUUGACAAUUUUAGAGCUUGAUCCUCAAAUUUCCUUGGUAGGGAAUUGUUCAUAGCAUUAAACCCUUUCUUAUGUAGAACACAAACCUUCUAGAACCUUCUGACCUUGUUUAGCUCUGUAUCUGUUUACAGCGGCGCUUAGUUUAUUUCUGACACGCGAUUUUUGUAGUUUAGUUUUUCAGGUUAACCUAAGGUUUAAGAAAUUCAGCAGGAGCGAGGCUUCUGUUUGUCUACUUAAACCGUCAUAAGAAUAUAAUUUGUCUUCGGGAAGAUGAAUUCGGCAAGGAGUUUAACAGGGCUUUUAAGGAAAGGUUUUACUCAGUCCAGGGGUUUUAAACUGCCUGCUAAUACUCUGCUUCCCAAAAGAUGUCAUACAAUGCAAGAAAAUAUUCAGUCGCCCCACAAGUUGCUGUGGGGUUCCUGUGAAACAAUUCAAGCCUUCUCUCGACCUCAGCCUGCUUUUUUAACUCAGAAGUUGUCAUUUUUCUCCUCUGUUACAUCACCUGAUUUGUCACAAAAGGAAUCAAAUACAGAUUCAUCGACAGAGAGUUCACUGGGGAAUAAAGGAGAGGAACCUGUUGAGCCUGUUAGUCAAAAGAAACCAGACUCAGUAGGAAAAGGGGAAGCUGUGAAGAGAGCACGGACAGAGCCCAAGAAUAAUGUGAAGAAAAAUGAGUCAGAGUCAGAAUCAGAAUUAGAUUCAGAUGAAGAGAAGGAACUUACUACAGAGGAUUUGAUUCGGCUUGUAGAGGAGAAAGAAGAACUAUUGAAGGUUAAGCACAAAGAAAUUCAGUCAAUGCAGGAGAAGGUUCUUCGGAGCUAUGCAGAAGUUGAGAAUGUCAUGGAUAGAACAAGGCGUGAUGCAGAAAACUCAAAAAAGUUUGCAAUACAGAGCUUUGCCAAGAGCUUGUUAGAUGUUGCAGAUAAUUUGGGAAGAGCUUCAUCUGUUGCAAAGGAAAGCUUUAGCAAGUUAGACGCCUCAAAAGAUUCAAAUGGUGCUGCAGCACUUCUGAAAACACUCUUAGAAGGAGUGGAGAUGACAGAAAAACAACUAUCUGAUGUGUUUAAAAAGUAUGGAAUUGAGAAGUUUGACCCAAUAAAUGAGCAAUUUGAUCCUCAUAGGCAUAUGGCAGUAUUUCAAUUUCCAGAUGCAAGUAAGGAAGUUGGCACUGUGGGUGUGGUCUUAAAGCUCGGCUAUAUUCUCCAUGACAGAAUUAUACGCCCUGCUGAGGUUGGUGUUGUGGAGGCAAUACAAACUGAAGCUGCAGAGGUUUCUGAGUAUAGUGAACGAGCGGACAGUACAAAGGUUUCUACCUGAUUUGGAGUAGUUUUGUAUUAUUUUGAUUUUUUCAGGAUAUCUGAAGCAACAACCAAUUUCCUGUUGACUUAAGUUAUCUGAUUAGCAAGGGUAGGUUCAAGCCCAGAGUUUUGGCUUUUUCUAGCAUUGAAAACUCAUCAUAGUCUUUGUUUUAAACUAUAUUAUGCAUUGGAAGUACGAUUUAAGGACAUGGUUAAUCUAUUGCAGAGAAGUUUCAGGAAGCUGUUAAAGUGACAAUUUUGUGUACCGGUAUUUUUGUCAAAGUGACAAAUGCAUGGGAUGUCUGAUCUCUUGAUCAUGUUUCAUGUAGCAUAUUUAAGUUCUAUUUGUAGACUGUAACUAUUGCUUCCAAUAUGAGUGUAGAUUAUUCAUUAUUAUUGAUGGUAUAGGAUUUACAAUAAUAAAGAUGCAGUGCUCCAAAUAAAUUUCAA